UUCAUCCACGAUUUGUACUGAUACCCUUCCUAAUUCAAAAGAACCGACGAAUAUAGCACCCAAAACGAGCAAACCCAGUGUUAGGUGCCUGCCAUUUCAAUUUCACCUACCCACGCCCCCUACUAUUCCUUAUUUUUUUUUUUUCAGAAGCCAACAAGGCCAAGCGCUGAGAGAAAAAGGUUCAGAAAUGGGUUUAUACACGAGCGUGAUGGAAGAGAUAAGUUUUUACACAGGGCUAUCUCCCGCUGCGUUUUUCACCAUUUUGGCUAUGAUGGUCGUCGUUUACAGAACCGUGAGCGGCAUGUUUGUGUCCCCCGAAGACUACAACAAGCCCCCCGUCGUUUCGGCCCGAGCCAAUUCCCGGUUAGACGAGUCCGAGCCGCCGCGCGAACCGGUCCAAUUGGGCGAAAUAACGGACCGGGAAUUGCGAGCCUACGAUGGCUCCGACCCCAGCAAACCCCUCCUGAUGGCAAUCAAAGGCCAGAUCUAUGACGUGUCCAAUGGCAGGAAUUUUUAUGGUCCCGGAGGACCAUAUGCAAUGUUUGCAGGAAAGGAAUGUAGCAGAGCCCUUGCACUCCUGUCUUUUAAACCUGAUGACAUUAAUGGGAACCUCGAAGGUUUAGGUGAGGAAGAGCUUACAAUUUUAGAGGACUGGGAAUUUAAAUUCAUAGAAAAGUAUCCGAAAGUUGGCCAGCUCAUUGCAGAACAAAGAACUCGGCAAAAUGAGUUCAAAGAACAAACUCAAGACAAUUUGGACAACCCUAAUGAAUGCAAGGAGGAAGAAAAAUAGUAACCAUUAUAUUGUAUAGGUUACAACCGAGGGAUUUUGUAGGGCUACUGAAUCACUGAUAGUUUCGAAGUACUGCUUGGUAAGUAUGAAUACACAUAGCAAUGCAUAUUGUCCAAUAGAUGGUGGUCAUUAUUUCAACAUAAGCCUCUUGCAAUUGAUAAAAUACAUGUUGUAUUCGGCCAUUGUUUACACAUCCCCCAAAUCCAUAUAUGUAACUGGAUACCGAAAACGUUCUCUUUCCCUCUGCUCAUGUAGAAAAUGAAAUCUAGUUAUAGCUUGUUGUACUCAUACUGUUCUGCUUACGUAAUUACCUCUUUUUGGUGUUUUUAGUCAAACUUGGCAUGAAAGAUAGAGUUGUUUAAUGUUGGCUAUACUCUACAUAUUUUGGUGUUUAUUGUUGUCUUCUUAGCAAAGUGUAAAACACACCCCUCUUUUCGGCUCUUUUCUUUAAGGAAGUGUUUAUUUCAA